AUGCUCCGGUUCCCACAUCAGUUUAGACAUCGAGCACUCACUCGGUCUCUCUCUUCGUCUCGUUGUGUGCCGUCAAUCGCGAUUCCCUGUUCUCGAGUUUUCAGGCAGAGUCGAACACCCCCCCCCCAUCCCCCCUUUAUCCCUGGCACAAUGCAGAGCGAAAGCGCCGUGCUCUAUCCCAACCCGAUAGUCGGCGAGAGCGUGUACAACUACGCCUGCGCAAAGUCGUUGAGUCUCCCGCCGUACAUCGAAGACUACCAUGCCUGGAUCUAUGCAACCCAGGGCCGGAUGGCCAUGAUGAGCAGUUCCGUCUUCCAGGGCAAGUCGUUGCAUUGGUUGGCCCGUGCGAUCGGGGCGAAGAGAGUGCUGGAGAUUGGUGUCUACCUUGGCUUCACGAGUCUCGUUUGGGCCGAUGCUGUCGGGCCCCGGGGCAAGGUCGUGGGCCUCGAGCUGUCCGCCGAGUACGCCAGUCAAGCCCGCAAGAUCGCGACGGAGAACGCCGUUCAGAAUGUCGAGGUCGUCGAGGGCGACGCGGCGAAAUUGCUUGGCGAGCUCUCCCCCGAAGAGGCGUUUGACAUCAUCUUCAUUGACGCUGACAAGGAGCGCUACACUGCCUAUCUGGCUUCGAUACUCGAAAAGUCCCAAGUUGGCGCGAAAAACCGUCUGCUUCGUCCUGGCGGGAUUAUCAUCGCCGACAACGUAAUCCGUCGCGGGCUGGUGGCAAACAGCACCGAAGACAACCCCUGGGCGGAGAGGUUUAGAAGCAUUGGGCUUUGGUCGGACAGAGACAUGGAGGCGCUAGACAGCUUCAACACGGAGGUGGCCACGAACCCUCGUCUGGAAAAUCUGCUUCUCCCACUAUUUGAUGGGAUGGGCAUGUCUAGACUGGUCGACUGAAGGAUGAGGCCUCCGUUUGCAGCCAACGUAGCUGAGCCUACUAUGGAAACAUGAACGUGGUGAUGUUGUUUACCAAGGUAUUACAAUAGACAGCAACUAUUGGUUAGGUAAGUUUAGUUGAGAAAAAGGGUAACUUCGUCGAACGAGUCAGUCCGUUACUUGGGCCCCUUUAAAAGUCAAACGAGUCCUACUAGGCGUUAAGAGAUCCUCCAGAGGAGAGAGAGUGUGUCUUUUUCCAUUUAGGAUUUCCGGCCCUCAUGAUCUCUAUGUCCUUCAUUUCAACUCUUAGCUUUAGAGAGGCACUCAAUCACAGGCACUUACCUAUACAUUAAACAUCGCCCCUUCAUUGUGUUGUCACAUAAGUUUUAUAGAACUUGAUUCCGUCUCGUUUAGAGCCAAUAGCAGGCCGUGCGUCUCAUUUAACCUUUUGACGCCGUCUUCUGAAGUGCCGAAUAUCUACAGUCACCGCUGCAUCAGAUCGUUGUAGUCUUGUGUGCACCAUUUAGUUGGGCUGGGUCGAGGCUCAGAUUAUCAACCUACUCCAUAUCAAUCCAAACAAAACUGCCCUUGGAUGGCUUCAACGUCUUGAAAGUCUUACCCCCAAUCCGAAUUUCUCUCCUUAAUGAACAGCU